CCCGGGCCCCAACCCACGGGCUACUCCGCCGUCACCAAUUCGUCACACAACGUCUCCGGCGAGACGAUGCCCUUCAUAGGCAGCGGCACGGUGGCCACCGCCGUCAUCUACGUCACCGUCUUCAUGGUGGGCCUUCUCGGCAACACGCUGGCCAUCUACGUGGUGCUGCGCUACACCAAGAUGAAGACGGUCACCAACAUAUACAUCCUCAACCUAGCCCUGGCGGACGAGCUCUACAUCCUGGGCAUCCCCUUCCUCGGCACGCAGAGUGUGCUGUCCUACUGGCCGUACGGCGAGUUCUUCUGCAAGGUGUGCAUGACCGCCGACGCCGUGAGCCAGUUCGCCUCCAACUUCUGUCUGACGGUGAUGAGCAUCGACCGCUACCUGGCAGUGGUGCACCCUAUUCGCAGCGCCAGGUGGAGGAAGCUGUACGUGGCCAAGGUGUUUAACGGCGUGGUGUGGGUGGUGUCCUUCUUGGUGGUGCUGCCGGUGACCAUCUACUCGGACGUGCAGGACAAGUUCAACUCCUGCAACAUCAGCUGGCCCGAGCCCAGGAGCUGGUGGCGUAUGGCGUUCAUCCUCUACACGUCCAUCCUGGGCUUCUUCGCCCCCUUGCUGAUCAUUUGCCUCUGCUACCUGCUCAUCGUCAUCAAGGUGAGGUCGGCCGGUGCGCGGGCGGGCCUGACCAAGCGGCGUAGGUCGGAGCGCAAGGUCACGCGAAUGGUCGUGAUCAUUGUGGUGGUGUUUGUGCUGUGCUGGCUGCCGUUCUUCCUCGCCAACAUCGUCAACCUGUGUUACACAAUCCCCGAGAACAGCGUCAGCGUGGCGGUCUACUCCUUCCUGGUCAUACUCACCUACGUGAACUCCUGCGCCAACCCGUUCCUCUACGGCUUCCUGUCCGACCACUUCAAGCAAAGCUUCCGUAGGGUGCUCUGCGUCCUCAAGGCCAACGGUGUUGGCGCCCUGGACCCGGUGGGAGGGCGACAGGCCGCACCGCAGCAGAAGCCGGGGGCCAACAGCGAGGCUCUUUUCUUGAGCAGGAAUCACAUGCAGAAUGGAAGCAAGCAAGGCAGUCAGCAAGAGUGUAUGCAGGAGUGCAUGCAGGAGUGUAUGCAGGAGUGUAUGCAGGAGUGCAUGCAGGAGUGCAUGCAGGAGUGUAUGCAGGAGUGCAUGCAGGAGUGUAUGCAGGAGUGCAUGCAGGAGUGUAUGCAGGAGUGUAUGCAGGAGUGUAUGCAGGAGUGCAUGCAGGAGUGCAUGCAGGAGAGUAGGCAGGAGUGUAUGCAGGAGUGCAUGCAGGAGUGUAUGCAGGAGUGCACGCAGGAGUGUAUGCAGGAGUGUAUGCAGGAGUGCAUGCAGGAGUGUAUGCAGGAGUGUAUGCAGGAGUGUAUGCAGGAGUGCAUGCAGGAGUGCAUGCAUGCAGCAGUUCCCCUGCAGCUCAGGGCCACCACUUCUGUUUGCCUGUUAACGCUCCCAUGA